AUGAUGUAUCCACGCUCAGCGCCCAGCGCUCAUCACGCACUUUUUCUGGAAAUUUAUACAUGCAUCAUACUUCUCCAAAAAUGAAGUUGCCAACUUUUGACAUCCCCACGCUCACUUUUCAUAAAGCGAUGACUAGGCAGCCUUAACCAUCUACUAUAAUUGCAAACCGCUAUGUCCAACCCGAAUACUGCAUAUACUGAUGUUCUCAUCGUUGGUGCGGGACCAUCUGGUCUCAUGACCGCACUCAGUCUCUCUCGCCUUGGAAUCAAAGUCAGGAUCAUCGAUAGGAGGCUACCCGGAGAAACGUCUGGUCAGGCUGAUGGAACUCAGCCAAGGAUGAUAGAAAUAUGGGAUAGUUUUGGCAUCGGUGAAGAACUACGGCGCGACGGCUUCCACGUCCAUAAGCUAGUCACUUACAAACCGAACGAAGAAGGCAAUGGAAUAAAGGAAUGCGACCCGGGUGUUAACAUCACUGUGGAUUCAACUCCAUAUCCAUACGAGAUCAUUGCCCCCAUAGAGGUUUCCGAGGGUAUCCUACGAAGAGCCCUCGGUGAAGGUAGUAUUUCAGUCGAAGAACCCGUGGUACCUGUGUCGAUAGUUAUCGACGAGUCUGAUUCUAAUGCGGAGAACGAGUACCCUAUCAAGCUUACUCUGGUGCACUUGAAUAAAGAAUACGUGCACUCCAACUCCGUUCCCCAAGAGCAGAGGGGAAAUCUAGUAAACAACCCAGCUGCUGUUCGUAGUACUGAAGUUGUCGGGGCCAAAUAUGUUGUCGGUUGCGAUGGAGCUCGCUCUUGGGUACGCAGAUCUAUGAACAUAGUUAUGGAAGGAGAGAAAAAUGAAAAUACCUGGGGCGUGAUUGACUUCACUCCAAUAACGGAUUUCCCAACCCCUUGGGCCAAGAACAUUAUCCAGUCGCCUAUAUCAGGUGCAAUGGGGUUCGUUCCUCGGCCUCUUGAUACGGGCCGAAUGUAUAUAUUGCUGAGGGAUUCGAUUGGCACGGGUCAUGAUGAUUCUGGAAAUCCUUUGGGUAAACUUACAAACGAACGCAAGAUCGUAAAGGCUGUCGAAGAUGGUCUUCUGCCGUUCAAGAUGGAACUUACUGAUAUAACUUGGUUUAAUAUAUACAAAGUUGCUCAAAGGGUAGCAAACAAGUUCUCUCAUUUAAAUCGCGUGUUUAUUGUUGGGGAUGCCUGUCACACUCAUUCUCCUCAAGCAGGGCAAGGGGCCAAUACGUCAAUGACUGACGCCUGCAACCUUGCGUGGAAACUUGCUUAUGCUAUUAGAGGCUGGGCAAAGCCAAACAUCUUGGACACCUACGAAGAAGAACGUCGACCUUACAGCAUCGAUCUAAUUGCGUUUGACAAGGAGCUAUCCAAGUUGUUCAACCCAGAAGGAGUGUCGCCUGAAGAAUACACGCAGCUCUGGAAGCUUCGAAAUAUGUUCACAACUGGCAUUGGAUUACGAUAUAGCUCAUCUCUGAUUUAUCAGCAUUUUCAGCAUUUAGCAGAAGGUCUACGAUUAGGCGAACGUGUUCCUCCAGGAACAAUUAUCCGACACGGUGACUGGAAUCCAAUUAACUUACAAGAGUUGAUAUCCUACGAUGGGAAAUUCAAAAUGCUGCUCUUUCCCGGAGCCAUCACUCAAUCGAACGUAGUUGAUCAAUGGUUAAAAACAGUUAAUGUGCUGAACAGCAUCUUAUCUGAGGAGCGGAGUCGUGUGUUGGAGCCUUUCUUGGUUUUGAACGUGCCUAAAGAAACUCGGGUUCACGCCUCUCCCAUGCCAAUUUUUGCGAGUGCAAAGAAUACAUUUGUGGACGAUAGCUUACGGGUGACUGGAUCCACUGGAAAGUUAUAUCAGGAAUUUGGUGUAACAUCAGGGGUUGUUGUGUUAGUGCGUCCAGAUGCGCAUAUUUGUAUGAUCUUACCAUUAGAAGCUGCCUUUGUCUCUGAUAUCUGUAAAUACCUACACUCGAUAUAGUUAUUGUAGUUACAUGCGGCCUAUCUUUUAUCCCACCUGCCAAGUGGGUGCUAUGCAUGUGGGCAGCCAUUGAGCAGAUCUUGAGCUCAUCAUUCUCCGGCCUUCCUUUUUUGUCC